CCAUCUUUCGUCUAUAUUUAGACUGAAAAUUACUCACUUCUAUUUUCGAAUAAAAGUUUCACUUUCGCGGAUCAGCAAUGACUAGGUUAACAGCAGCAAAUGGAAACUCAUUCAACUGAAUAGAGUAGACGUCGACAAAGCGAUAAUGUCAGGUCCCAAGAAUAACAACAACAAUGUGCCGGUUGGUAGUGGUCGCGGUUGGCAGCGUACUCCUCCACCUACAUACUUUCGGUCACCGUCACCAUGGAUACCACCAGGAUCAGUGCCUGUAACGCAACAUGAUGUACGCAAUCAAUCAAACAUCAGAAUACCAGUUGGAUCAAAACCGGAAAGUGUGAUUUUUAAUGAAACUCGAUAUCAGAAGUCGAGUGCUGUGUCAUCAGAUGGAAGAUCUACGCAAGAAAUGGGUUUACAUUCAAUAGCUCGAGAUACUCAUGCAGUCCCCAUGCUCGAACACCACAUCAAUACACAGCUUCCAACGACGCCGCAUUCUCAUUGUGGUUACUCAUUUCAAAGUGCAAUGUCGCCAAUCACACACAAUGCUACUUUGCCUGUCGAGCAAAUGAACUCGGUUAAUCCGAGUUAUCUCAAUCAACACGGGAAUUAUUCUGCCAAGGAAACAGGCUUACCGCAAAUACCUUCGUACGUAUCAAAUCCAUCACAGUAUAUCAUAUACGACCAAACUGGUGAAACUGGACCCUCCACAGCAGAAAUAAUAGCUAACCAAUCCCAGGAUUACAUAGAUGAAAAACUUGCGGAAUAUCAAGCCACAAUUCAUUUACUACAAGAUGAACAAGAACGAGUACAAAAAAAAACAUUUGUAAACUGGAUCAAUUCUUUUUUAUGUAAGCGUAAUCCUCCGUUAAAAAUACAAGAUUUGAUUCAUGACCUAAAAGAUGGCACUAAACUACUGGCGUUAUUGGAAGUUCUAUCUGGAGAGCGAUUACCCAUGGAAAAAGGAAAGAUAUUACGAAGACCUCACUAUUUAAGUAACAUAAAUACAGCAUUACAGUUUCUAAUCAACAAGAGAAUUAAAUUGGUCAACAUAAAUCCAUCUGAUAUUGUCGAUGGCCGUCCAGCUGUUGUUCUAGGGCUUAUAUGGACAAUUAUAUUAUACUUCCAAAUAGAAGAAAAUAGUCGCAUUUUGCAAUACUUGGAUGAGAAUUUAGGCGGAUCGGUUAGUAGCUUGGACAGUUAUAGUGCUUCGCACACACCUCAAGCUACUAAAGCUACUCAAGAAGUUAACCUUAAACGAGAUCAAGAUAUGAUGAAACAAGGACCUAGAAAAACACUCCUCAGUUGGGUAAACAACGCACUACCAAAACAAUCCGGAUUAGAGGUUCAUGAUUUUGGAGCGAGCUGGCGAGAUGGAUUUGCCUUCUUAUCAUUGAUCGAUUCAAUUAAAACAAAUCUCAUCAACAUAGUUGAAAUGAAGCAGUACAAUAAUCGUCAUCGUUUGGAUACUGCAUUUAACGUAGCAGAAUCUGAAUUAGGUAUUGCUAGAUUACUCGAUGCCGAGGAUGUCGAUGUAAAUAGUCCUGACGAAAAAAGUAUAAUGACGUAUGUUGCACAAUUCUUACAUAAAUAUCCCGAUGUCAAGAAUAUAAACUCCAAAAGCGAAAAUGAGCUAGAACUGUUGGACCUAAUCACUUGGCUUCAAAAUGCUGUACGAUAUUACGAUGGAUUGAAUGGAAAUUAUCCGAAUUCUUACGACGCGUUUGUACAGUUCGAGCAAAAAAAAUCUGAAAAAUGGAAUGUUUUCAAAAAGAUCAAAACCAUUUAUGCCUCUAGGAGUACACCUGAGUUGCAGAAGUUGAACAUUUUCUGGCCACUAUUAGAACGUCAUAUGCAGCUCUGGCUGUGGUAUCUGGAUAAUAAUUUACCCGAUCAAUUUGGAGUAAUUGGUAUAUGGUUGAGCAAUGGAGAAAAAUUGAUGGUCGACGACGAUAUUCCGAGUAUUAUGAAUGAAGAAACAGCAUCGCUCAUAAGUAAGAAACUAGAGGCACAUAAACAGUUUUUCGUUGCAUAUUAUGAUGUGCUAGCAACAUUCAACGAACUGAAAUCCAAACAUACUGCUAAUAAGAAUCUUGAAAAUCAUAUUAAAUCCCUCGAAAGGAGAUUGACAGAUAUUGAACCUAAGGCAAAACAGAGAAGGGUAAAAUUGAAAUUUCUCGAACACAAAUGCUGUUUAAUUGCUUUUCUAAACCUUUUGGAAAACAAAAUCAACGGAGUUAAAUACAACAAUGAAGAGAUAGUAAGGCAAUCGUUGGAUCAGCUAAAAAAUUUUGUGACCAGAAAUCACAUAAUGCAAGAAUUCGAAAAGGCUCUUAUUGAUAUGCGACAAGUUAUUGAAGAGUAUAAAAUUGACGGCAAAAUAUCGAAAAAAGAAGUAUAUGAUAUUGAUACAUUCCUUCGCGACAUCGAGGAACGUUGGAAAAAUAUAUCAGCACGAUUAAUUUGUACUGAAACCAUGCUUGAGGAUGUGAUUAAUAAUUGGCAAAGAUGGAAAAGCCUCGCAAAUGAAAUGGAAAAAUGGAUAUUUGAGGCAGAACUUGCCUUAAAACUAUCUGAAGAUGAGAAAAUUUAUUUUUUCCAGAACUUGAGUAAAUUCAAAGAAAAGUGUGAUGUCCUGACUGAUACUUACAAUAUAUUGAAAUCAACAUGUGAUUAUGAAGCCUCCGUUAUAAUGGAUAACAGAUACAAGCAAAUCAUGCUUCACUGGGAACAAGUUUUUCAAAGUUCAAAACAGUACCUUCACGUCGGAGAUGUUCUUCAACACAGACAUAAAUUUAAAACCGACGCAACGCAGUUGAGUGAGUGGAUACAAAAUGCUGAACAGAUUUUAGCUAGCAACAAUUUAAAAAACUCGAGUGAAAUUAAAAAGUGUGAAACAGAUGUGAAGCAUAUAGCGUGUGAAAUUGAAUCAAUGGAAGAGCUAUUUAAAUCUAUCAGUAGAAGCUUCCAGGUUCUCAUAAAAGAAUAUUCGAGAGAUGAAGUCGACAGAAUGAUGAACUUAAUGAAAAAAGAAAAGGAAGCACUAGUAUGCAUCAGAGCGCAAAUACCAACGAAAUUGCAUCUUUUCCAUCAAAUAUUGACACAAAAAGAAGCGUUAGAAUCUGGUCAAAAAGAAAUUACAGGUUGGUUGGACGAAUCGGAGAACUUGCUUAUUUCAUACGCAUUUAACAAUGAUCCUGAGCAAACUACAAAUAAUCUCUCCAAACAUAAAAUGUUUUUCAGUCGAACAUUGUACUAUAAAUCAAUGCUGGAAAGUAAAAACAAUGUUUUCCAAAAUCUGCUCAAAUUGUCAAACACUGAUAAUAGUGUGGAUAUGACGGAUACAGCGGCGAGUAUGAAACAAUUGAAUGAACGUUUUGCAUAUGUAAUGAAUAAUGCAAAUGAGUGGGAAUACAAGCUUCAAGAGAAUAUGAAGAUAUGGGAAAAUUUUUCUCAAAGUCGCAAUAAAGUUGAGAAUUAUUUGCGACAAGCCGGUGUAUGGCAAGUGGAGCCCGUUCCAUUGGAUAAAGUCAUCGAUGUCGAAAGUCAAAUUGAAUUUUUCAGUAACACUGAUCCGUCGAUUAUCGGAGAACUUGAACUGUACACUGAAGAGUUAUUAAAAUUUUUGCCGCCAAAUGAACAACGGUUGCUGAUUAGUAAGGUGCAAUCGAUACAAAAGGAAUGGAGUGAUACAUUUUCCAGAAUACCUAAUAUUUUGCUCAAACUUCAAUUCAAAUCAAACGAAAUCAAAUUUUACAAUUAUGUUUAUAAAAUCGAGAAAGAAUUAAAUGCAGAAGAACAGGCAUUUAACUACAACGAAAAUUUCGAGAAUAUUAUUCAACGCAACGUAGAUUUUUUCAAAACCAACGAUUUACAAGAAGUGGAAAAUACUUUAGCAACAUUAGAAAGAACAAAUUGUGUUUACUUGGAAAAGUUUCCGCUUGAUCCUGCAUUAUCCAAUUUAUAUCAGAAAGCAAACGAUAGAUGGGUGGUUUUAUGCAGAAGAAUUGAAGCUGUCAAGAAUUCGUUGUAUAAAAUUCCUGCUCAAUGGGAAGCUUAUUAUGCUAAGUUCAAUGAAAUGUCCGAUUGGAUGGAUUGUGUUGAUCAGUCGUUGAAAAAAAUUAUCGUCGAAAAAGAUUCGAUGGAACAAUUCGAACAGGAGAAAAUAGCAUUCCAGCUGAAAACAUUCAUGAAUAUUUGUUUCGAAGCUGAUUCAAAAAGAGAUGACAUGAAAUGGCUGGUAAAAAGUCUGGACUAUCUGCUGAAUCAUAUCAGUGACGACAAAGCAACUAUAGAACAGGAAAAAAUUGAAAAUUUGAUAGCACGAUACAAAACACUAAUACCAAUAAUUGAAACUACAAUGACUAAAACUGAAACAUUUGCAAAAUGUUAUACAUAUCGCCAUGAAACACAAGAAGUUUGUGAUCUACUAAACCGUAUCAAGAUGCAAAGUGUGAAUUCCCCAUCUCCAGAUUCUUAUAAGAAAGUCAAUGUAUUGAUUGAUGAACAGAAUUUUUCGAUUCGAGAAUUGGAUAAUCAGAGAGCACAUAUCAUGAAAAUGAUUCAAAAAGGAAAAGACCUUAGCAAAAAUGUUAAUGCGCCUGAUUUUAUGAACCAAGAAGUAAUCCAUUUGGAACACAGCUGGAAUGAAACUUAUAAUGAAGCAGCAGACAGAUUAAAGUCAUUAAAGGAUAUUCAUAAAAUAUGGACUAGUUAUAAUGAACAAAAAGGAAAAAUCGCGGCUUUACUGAACGAUGCAGAGUUAGAGCUGAGAUCAAUUACACCAUUGCAAACUGAUCCUAAAAGUGUUACUCAAGAUCUUGAAAUGAAAAAACAACUAAUUUUAAAUUUGCGACAGGCUUCAUCGGUGUCGCUACUGAGUUUGAACGAUCUUUGUCGCGAGUUGGGACAAAGUAUUCCACCGAACUCUAAACAAGCGAUCGAAAAAGAAGUUGUGGAUAUUGAAAAGCGGGUUCUAAGUACUGCAGAUUUUGUGGACAAAAGAAUUGAUUAUCUAGAAGAUUAUAACAACAAAUGGAAGGAAUAUAAAGAACGUUUGGACAGCUUAAAGAAUUGGGCAAAUAAUGUAUACCCUAAGAUGGUAGCUGCAAUAAAACAACCGAAUCUAACACCGGAGGAGCGAGUUGUCAAGACUAUGCAGUUGGAAAAUGUUCUCACAGAAAAAAUGAAAACGUUGGAUAUCCUGAAUGCAAGUGCUACAGAUUUAGCAUCUAAAGAGGGUAAUUUAGAGGAAAUGAAGCGGUUAAAAAGUGAAGUUACACUUCUUCAAGGAAUGUUUGUUGGACUGAAUAAUGCAGUUCACUCCGAAAAAGCAAUCGUGAAGAAUGAUUUGAGUGCCUGGAAAGACUUUAAUGAUGAUCUUAUUGGUGUUAUUUCAUGGACAGAGAAAACCGUAGCUACUGGUGAAUUUCAACAAAUUAAAGUAGGUAGUCUUCCUGAAGCAAUGGAGUUGCAAUCAAAAUUAGAUAAACAUACUGAAAAUUGCCAACAAAAAAUCAGUGAAUUACAAGAUACAAUCAAUAAAUGUAACAGCAUUAAGUACGGAAUGAAACCAACGGAGGAAAUAGACAAGUGCUACGUGAAUCUUACUGAUUUAUACGAAAAUGCACAACAUCUAAAGGGCAAAGUAGGAAAAUUGGUUUCCAAUUGGACCGGAUUGGACACCGACUUGAAGAAACAAGAGAACUUUUUAAAUAAAGUAAAUGAACGCUUACGGCCAUUUCUAGAGGGCUCUUCUGGUGAAUUGCCGAUUGAUAAACUGGAAGAAAAAAUAAAUGGCCUCAAAUUAUUGAACAAUGAAAUCGCCGAGCAACAGACAAAAUUAAUUUCGGCUAUGAAUCUCUUCGAUCAGAUAAGUACUAAUAUAACAGACGACGGUGCCUCUACUCUAAGGGAUAGGUUAAAUCAUCCAAGAGACCAACUGUCAAAAAUGAGUGAAAACGUGCGCAUUUUAAUAAAUGAAUGCUAUCAAAAUAUCGUUGUACAGCAAAACUUCAAUGCGCUGAUGGGAGAUUUUAGCGAUUGGAUGGAUCAGAUGAGAACGAGUAUAAGUGGCUUGGAAGAAACAUCUGUGAAUGAUAUUGAUCUUACGCUUCAGAACGUACUAUAUUUACUUCAGCAACAUGCAAACAAAAAUGAUAUGUUCAAUAAUAUUUACGCUCACGUAAAACAACAAAGCCUGAAUGGUUCUGAAAAGAAUAAUGCUUUGCUCGAUGAGACGUAUUCAUCACUUGCCAGUAAUUACCACAAUCUUGAAUCCACUCUCCAAACUUCAAGAAACUACUUACAAAAAUGGGCAGAAUUUUUACACUGGGAUAAAUCGAUGAAAGAUCAAAUACGAUUUUUGAAAGAUAAUGUAACCCAAAAUGAUAACGCUUCGGAAGCAGAUCUGAACAGUUUUAAUGAGAAUGUCUCAAAACUCAAUGACUCUAUUGACAACUGGAAAAAAGCGAUGGUUUCGUUAGAACACCAGCCCUGCAUAAAAUUGUACGACACUCUCAAAAAACCUGUAAACGCAGUCGUUAUGAUAGUCGAUUUGGAAAACAAACUUGAUAGUAUAAAAACACUCAUUGGGGUUAAACAAAAAGAAAUUGAUCACACAAAAGAAAGAAUAAUUAGAUUUGAAAAGCUCCAAAAUGAAGUUAUCUCUACCUUGAAUGAAAUUUCAGAUAGUCUUAAAGACAUUGUCAAACAAGCUCGAUUGAGUAAUAUAGAUGAGUGUUUGGAAAAACUUUCAGAUUUAAAUAAUCAGUUAGACAGUGCGUAUGCGGUGAAAUCACAGGCCCAGUGUGAAGGCAAUAUAUUAUCGAAACAAGACAUGAGUUCCGCCAUCAACAUUCGAGAAUCUUUGGCAAUACUUGAUAAGGAAUUAUGUAAUAUACGACAAGAAACCGAAGAGGUAUCCAAUAUUUUUGCAAGUGUUAGAGAUUCCUACAACGAUUUUAACAGAGGGAACAUGGGUUUCCAUAAUGACCUUAAAAACAUAAACGCAAUUAAUAAAGCGACAGUACUCACUUUCCACGAAAAACAAUCGUUGGUACGAAGUCUCGAACAGUUGAAAAACGCUUCUGACACAAUGAAAAAUAUCAAGAAAACCGUUGAUAUAGUUGCAAAUAAAGCUAACGAAGUGACAAAAAACUUUCGAGGAUAUAAUCUACAGGACUGCGAAAAUUUACUUGAUAUUGUAAAAGAUAAUAACGAAAAGUUGAAAAAUAAUUUGCAAAUGCUAAUAGACAACAGUAACCUUCUAGAUCAAAGGUUGUCGCUUUACAAGCAAAUUGAGGAUCAGUAUCGAGAUAUAGAAAUUUGGCUUGAUAUGGUACAAGAUCAGUUCAAUCGUGUAUUGGACAAUCCGAAAGAAAUGGAACAUAAAAUUCGCAGCUACAAAUCGGAACUGCCUACUCAACUUUCAAUGAAGGAAAACUUCAAAGGGCUAUUGAACGAAUUCAAAAGAUCAAACGGCAAUGUUCUACCAAAUGAUAUUGCAGCAAUGAAAACCAAAUUAGACAAAGCAUUUGCCAAAGUAGAACAAGAUGCAAUCGAAUUCAAUGAUAAAGUAUCAGAGUAUACUGCACAAGAACGCAGUUUGAAAGAUCAAAUUAGAAUAAUGAUUGAAAAUCUUUACACAAUUCGUGAAGAAAUCAUGAAAUGCGAUGAUAAUACUUUGGAAAUUGUUAAACAAUUGAACAAUUUGGAUCAUAUAAAAAAAGUAAGACCAAAACUAAACUUACUUGGUGUGAAAAUGACGGAACUGAAAAACAAUAUUGUAGAAUGUGAACCAAUUAAAGAGAGCACUAUGUCUAAAGAAAUACAGAAUUUGGAACAACGAUAUGGAAAUACGGUCAAUAGCUUGAACGAAACUGAGAACAAAUUAAGCAAGCUUGCUGAAAAAUUAUUCCGAGAUAAGCUUAUGUCUUAUAGCCGAGUGAUAUCCUCACAGUCUGAUAAAAUGCAAUGGUGCCAUCCAGAAUCUAGCAGCGAUAAACAUAAUUUAGAGAUGAAAAAAGGAACUUUAAAUGAUAUCAAGAUAUUUCUGGAUAGUAAUCAGUCUAUAACAGAAGAAGUUUCUCAGCUUCUGAGCUCGUUUCCUGAUAUAUUUAAUCCUGCAAAAUUAGAAAGUCUUAUGGAUUGUAAAUGUGAUGUUGAACGUGAGUUCCAACAACUUCGAGUCGCAUUCAAUCAACUAGAGACUGAUCUCAAUUUCAACAUAGAGCUAUGGCAGAAAUAUGAACAAAUAUCAGGAGAAAUAAUUAUGUGGCUCAAGGAAGUGGAGCAAAAACACAAAAUGGAAACAAUAUUAUUAGUUGAUGUGUUUACUUUGAACGAAAAAAUUGAUGAAAUAAAAUCAACGUAUGCCAUCUUAAAAGAAUUCGAUCCCAAACUGAGUUUAUUACACGAAGUGGGAACUGAAAUAAAUACUUUGAAUCCCGAUUCACGAGUUCUUAUACUCGUACAACACCUACAAACAAGAUACAAAUCGUUUGAUAAAUAUUUUUCGAAUAUGUUGGAGCGACUUCUUGACGUUCAUACUAGGAACAAUAAAUUCAAAGAGGAAGCUAAUAAGCUCCAUAACUGGAUUCAAGAAGUAGAAAAUGAACAAAAUUUGGAAAACAAUUCGUUAGAUAUAAAUUAUGACAAAAUCAAGGCUCGUCGUUCCGUUGUUAUAGAACAAGAAAAUACCGUUACCGACGUAUGUUCAAUUGGAGAAAAUUUAUAUGCUGAGGUUAAUGUUGAAAGCCGUGAUCGUAUUAAAGAGGACAUACAAUCACUGAGAAAUGCGUUUACUUCACUGGUCGAUGUUUGUAAUGUGAAAGUUAAGCAAGUAGAAACGAACAUAAUGAAUAAAAAAUCGAUCGAAGAAAGUUUUGGUCAAUUAUUUAGAUGGCUUUCAGAUUUGCAAAACAAAUUGUCUGACUUACCAACAAUGUGUGCUACACUACAGGAGAAAAAAUCUGCAUUACUAAAUUACAUGACAAUGCUAAAGGAUUUAAAAACUUAUGAAAUAAAUUUGGAACAGCUUCAAGUAAAAUUAGCAGUUAUGCCAUGUACAGGCAAAGAAUCAAGAAGUGAGGAAGCUCAAAAAGAAAUAACAACUGUCAAAGAAGAUUUGUCAAAAAUAAUUCAAGUCAUGGAGGACAGUAUCAAAGAACAUAUCCACUACGAUAACUUACUUGACAAAUCUAGAACUUGGUUGCAGCGACUACAAUCUCAAACUAGUGAGCUUUCAGCAAAUUGCGAAAUGAAUAGAUCAAGGAUCGAAGAAAUUUUGAUGAUUAUAGAAAAUGUACUUUUAGAAGAAGAUUCAGCAUUCGAUGGAAUCAAUGAUUGCUACAAUCAGUAUACCAAAGUUGUAGUUCAGACUCAUGAAGAUGGCCAUACACUCUUACUGAAAUCAUUUGAGAGCAACAAACAAGAAUGGAAAACGUUUUACGAAGGAUGUAAAUCGAAUAAGGAAACACUAUUACGAAUGCUAAAUCAACUGGACACUACAAUGACUAAUUUUGAUGGAUGCAUUCAUAAAAUGAAUGCUAUUAAAAAUCAAAUCAAAGAAAUUACUACUAAACCUAUCGACAAUAAAGAACAAUGUUCCAGCGAGUUGCAUGAGAUAAAAAAUGAAAUCGAAUCUCUUGGUAUUCUCGUCCGUAACACAAUAGACCAAUCUCAGGCCAUAAGGGCGAACAUAAACAUUUCUAAUAAAAUAAUACAAACGCAAAAUGAAUAUCGAGCUCUUAUGAAUCAAUUCAUAGAUGCAAUCAAUAGAACGGAAUCAGCAAUUAACGAACAUAGCAGUUUUAACAAGUGCUAUGAUGAUUUUGUUGGAAAAAUAACAAAAAAUGUUGAGUUGCUCAAUGAACAUAAUAAACUUGUAGGAGAUUUGAGCGUGCUGCAAGAUAAACAAAUGCAUCUUAAAGAAAUAGCUUACCAAAGAUUGGACCAAAUGAGCAUUCUAGAAGAAAUCAUCUCUAAAGGUGAAAAAUUGUGUUCUCAAAGUUUACCAGAUGGGCGCGAAAAUAUUCGACAGAGACUAACGGAGCUUCGUAAAUUAUGGGAUCAUUUUUCGGAUGAGUUGGAGUUGGUCACCCAAAAAGUUGACCAGUGCAUACUACAGUUUGGAGAGUUUAGAUCUCAACAAGAGCAGUUGUCAAAAUGGUUAAAAGAUAUUGAAAUGUCAAUGAAAUCAAAUUCCGAACUGAAAUCAAAUAUUCAAGAGAAACAUACACAACAUCAAAACCAUAAAAUGCUGCAUCAGGACAUAUUAUCUCAAAGCGGUUUGAUUGAUUCGGUGUGUAGUAAAGCACAACAAUUGCUAAUAAUGAUCAAAGAUGAACAUCUGCAAGCAUACUUGAUAUCAAUAAAAGACACUUUCAAAAACAUUGUUGAGAAAUCAAAUAACCUCUUAGAUAACCUCAACAGCUGCGUUAAUGCACAUAACAAUUACAUAACAUCUCAUACAAAUCUGAAACAUUGGAUUAAUGAAGUACGCACCAGAGCUAUGAUAAGCGAUGACAGCGUUGGUGAGAAAAAUGAAAUAAAAAAGCGUUUGGAAUCACUUAAUAACUUACAAUCAGACCAAUCAAAAGGAAAUGAACUAUUGAAUCAUCUUCUACAAUGUUAUGAAAUUAUCAAACUCAGUACAACACUACAUGGCAUUUCUACAGCAGAUAAUGAAAUUCAGUUUAUUAAAAAUGACUUAAAAAAUCUUGAUGCUAUGAUCGAAGAACAAAUCGAUAAUCAGAAGAAAUAUUUAUCAAAUUGGACUCAGUUCGAUACGGAAAUGGAUACACUUACGAAAUGGUGCAGAUCUAUGGAAGCAAUUUUCCGCGAUCAACAAUUGUUUGAUACACUUGAAAAGAAACGAAAUCAAUUGCAACUGUACCGCACUAACUUGGAGCUUAUCAUCGGCAAACAAAAAGACAUUGAUGAUUUUGCUACAAAUGGUCAAACACUCUUCAAUAAAACUGGCGUUGAAAAGAUCAAGUUCUACAUAAACCAACUGAUUAAUAGAUACCAACUACUACUAGUAUUGAGCAAAGAAGUUGUCAAUCGUACACAGAGCAUCGUCAAUGAACAUGCGAACUACGAAGAGAGAUUGGUUGAGUGUAAAACUUUCAUAACAAACAUGAGUAUUGAAAUAGAGCAAGCUGCUAAUGAAAAGGUGUCUACUAUAAAUUUGGUUUUUUUACAAAAGAUCGAAAUUGAGAAAGAAAAAUUGGAAAAUAUUAUAGCAAACAUCAUUUCAACAAAUGAGACAAUUUUAACCGAAACCAGCCCCCAGGGUCGCGAAAAACUACGCGACGAUGUUAAAGAAAUCAAAGAGCUUUGGAGUAAUCUUCAACUCUCUAUAGCGAAUUUAAAGAAACAGCAAGAUGUCAGGUCCAUACAGUGGGCUUCUUACUGUGAUAUUCUACAACAGCUACUAACGUGGUUAACUACAAUGGAGCAAAAAAUCGAUAUGAAUGAAUCUCAAAGUUGGAGCACAACACAAGAAAUACGAUCGAAGCUUUUCAAGUAUAAAUCUCUGCUGCAAGAGAUUAUGAGUCAAAGGCGUAUGGUCGAUUCACUGAAUGAGAAAGCAGUGCUGAUUUCCGACAAUCAUGAUAAAGAUCCCAUCACCAAAAUGGAAUCAAUCAAUGAAAGAUUUGAGCUAUUGAAAACAGCCGCCAAUGACAUGAUAUCGAAGCUGGAGCAGUCUCUUGCUUUCUAUAAUAGAUUCCAUGAAAUGCAAAAAAAUCAUAUUGAUGAACAAGAAAUGCUGUUGACUGAUUUGAAGCAACAAUUAGAAAUUUCGGGUAGUAAAAGAACGGUACUAGACAAAAUCCAAAAAGUUACCGACAUACAAAAUGUUAUACCCGAAACUAAGGAGCGGUUUGACAAUUUCAAUAAACUUAUUUUUGAUAAUAAGGAUCUUAUUACUUGUGCGGCCAUGGACAAUAUAGAGAAUGAAUUGAAAAAAAUGCAAUCGGAAUUUGAGAAAUUUAUUGUCCUCGUUGACAAUACUAAAAUAGAGUUACAAAAACGGGUAGAUUUAUGGGAUCAAUUUCAAAUUGACAUGGAUGAAAUUAAUUGUGCUUUAUCAGGAAUCGAAGGUACAAUGCACGGCUACGCAUUGAAAAACACAUUGGCGGAAAAACAACAGCAACAUGAUCAUUACCAAACUGUAGUGGGCCAAAUGAAACAGUUGAAUUUAUCAUUCGAAAAUUUGCUAGAUAAAUCUACCGAAUUACUGCAGAACAGUGGAGAUACUAAAAUCCACAUGAAUAUGCAGCAAAUGAAGUCAAGGAUGCAAUCUGUAGAAACAGCUGUAAAAGAAAUCGCUAAAAAAUGUGAGCAAGCUUUCGAAGAGCAUAAGCAUUUUAAAGUUAAAUAUGACGACAGCAACAGAGAGCUAGAUCAGGUUAAAGGUACUUUUGAUAGUUGUAAAUGUGAUUACAGUACGAACAUAAUGAAUGUUAUGCAAACAGUUAAAGAACUUUUAGAAAAGCAUAAUGCGAUCAGUGUACAGUGCAGCUACGUUUCAGAUGUAGGUGAAAUGCUAUACACAAGUACUGCAGUGCAAGGUCAACAAUUGAUUAGGGUUGAUACACAGGAUUUGAUGCUAAAAUUCGAACGAAUUUUUGAUGAAAUCAAUAGUUUCUUCAAAACGUGUGAAACCAGAUUAUCUAAACUAUCCAGCAUCAAAGAAAAACUAGAACAUACAGAGAAGUGGUUAGCAAAUCUCAGUCCUAGUUUGUUAUCAGGAUUAAUUUUAAAGCCUACACUUGAUGAGAAAAUAUUGCAACAUCAAGCCUAUGUAGAUCUAGCUAAUGAACUCAAGAACUACAAACCUGAAGUGAACAAUUUGAAUGAUUUUAAGGAGAAUCUGGAAGAACCGGAUACACAAAUUGAAUUGCAGAUGAAAACCAUCAUCGAGACUUAUAACAUAUAUUUAGAUAAAAGUCAACAUUAUGUGAAUAGUUAUGAGAAAAUUGUAAUCAACCACCGGCAGUAUUGCAAGGCAGUGUUAGAGACAUCCGAUUUUAUUGACGCAAAUCAUAAUACAAUAGAGCUAUGGGGAGAAACAGAUCUGGAUCAGGUAUCAUUACUGACUAACCUUGAUCGCUUAGUGAACCUGAAAAAAUCUAUUUUGGCGGAAACUAACAGAAUAGAACAAAUUCGUGAUCUAGGGCAGUUAACUAUGCCUGAUACAAGCAAUGAUGGACAGGCGAAUAUUAGAACUCAAAUAGACCUUUCUCAGCAAGAAUGGGAAGGUCUAUUGGUGGAAAUCGAUUCAACAAUUGAACAUAUUCAAUGCAAAAUUGCAGAAUGGAUAGAUUUUGAAAAUAUGCGAAAAGAUUGCAUGGAUUGGAUGCGUUCCAUUGAUACAAAUAUUCAUUCAAUUGAUCUGAAAGCCACUUUAGAAGAGAAAAAAGCUACACUGGACUACCUCAAAAGUCUGCAAGGAGAGGUGAAGGCAAAAGAAAUAGAAAUUGAUAACUAUACUGAAAAAGGACAACAGCUAUAUAGAGGCUAUUUAAGUUGCAGAAGCACUCAAAUUUCAGAACUAGCUAUAAAAUAUCAACAGACAGCAAGUCGGAUAAAGGAACUCGUAACGAGAUGGCAGCAAUACGUAAUAUGUCAUCAGGAACUUAUAUCUCAAAUAUCAGAACAUAAGAAAUGGUUGAGUGGCAUUAAAGAGAAAAUUAACUAUUGUUCUGAUCAAUCCACUACCUCUGAAAAGGAACUUCAAAGCAAAUUGAAAGUUAUACAAGAAUUGAUAGUAAAUAAAGAAGAAGGAACUUCGAAAAUGCAAAUUAUUAUUGAUUUGUCUCAACAAGUAUUAGCAUGUACUACACCCUCGGGGCAUGAUAGUAUCAAUCGGUCAAUAGCAUUGUUGCAAGAUGAAUGGUCAGCUCUUACUUUGAGAAUGAUUGAUAUAAAAUCCCAGUUGGAUGAAGCUCUGAGCCAAUGGUCUGGUUUCCUCGACCAGGUUAAGGAUUUGAGAAAAAAAAUUGAUUGGAUGGAGAUUGAAUUUAAAUCCCUCUCUGAAUUCCAAUGUAACAUGGCGGAGAAACGAGCGCAGUUGGACAAAAUAAAAAAUACGGAGGAAAAAGUUCGCCUAGAACGGAUCGAAAUUGAACCAUUGAAGCAAAAGGCCACUGAGAUGGAUGCUUCUGGUCAACAAACCCAAGCUUAUUCAACCGCAAAACAAAUCCUAGCUAAAUUUGACUAUGUGGCAGAUCAGUUGAAUAAAUUACUGACCGACCGUGAAGAUCAAUAUCGUGACCAUCGGUUAUACAAAGAGGCCUAUGAGGAUUUACAAAACUGGAUAAACAGAGCUCGAGAGAAAUUACCGUGUAUUAAGCAGCAAUCUUUAAGCGAUAAACUGACUACAGAUAAUGCAAUAGCACCUUUGGAUUCAUUGAUGAAUAAGAAAGCGCAAGGUGAAUUGUUAGUCGAACAUUUGGUUCACACUGGCGAAGUGGUUAUGGCAUCAACUUCAACCAAAGGAAAAGAAAUGAUUAGGAAAGAUAUCAGUGAUCUUAAAUAUAACUUUGAGGAUUUAUUCCAUGAUAUAUACAAUCAAAAGCGUAAUUAUGAAAAAACUCUCGAUUCUCUACGAGCAUAUAAAGAUGAAUAUGAACGUUUAUCAGAAUGGUUACAACAAAUAGACAUAUUAGUAAAAAAUCAUAAACUCGCAUUGUCGUCAAAUCUUCAAGAUAAAGAAAAACAAGUCAAUGAUAUGCAAAGUAUAAUAACAAAACUAGAUGAUGGACACACUGAACUGGAUAAAUUCAAUGCGUUUUCUGCUCCUCUAUUGCAAUCUCAUCUCGAUUCAUACAUCAGUAACCAACUACGGCAUAUCAACUCCCGUUAUCAAGUCCAAGUGAACAUUGCUAAGGAUGUGCUGAAAAAAGUACAAUUGAACUAUGAGCUACACAAGGAAUACAUAGAUAAUUUGUGCAAGGCAAAUAGUUGGAUAGAAAAUGCGAAAGAAGUUGUUCGAUGCACUACUGAAAAUACCGAAAGUGUUAGCAAGGAAAAUCUAGAAAAACGUUUAUCAAAAAUAAUUGAACUAAUUCAGCAACGUGAACAAGGUCAACGUCUAGUCAACAAUACCGUCAAUACUGGAGAGAAGGUUAUGAAAACUACCAAGUCGGAUGGAAAAGAAGUUAUAAACAAUGAAAUAAAGGAUAUACAAAACGCAUGGGAUCGUCUUGUGAAAAAAAUGUCAACUGCCAAAGUUCAUUUGGAAACAAGUUUGCUGCAAUGGGCUGAUUACAGUUCUAGUUACAACCAUCUUCAACAGUGGAUACAGGAUCGAGAAACUAAGUUGCAACGAGUUUCUGAACAAAAAACGGUUAGAUUUAAGGCAGGUACACCUACUAGUCUUAGUACUGGUCUGAAUGAAAGAAAAGCAAACUUACGCCAGGCUAAUGAUAUUGUUCAGGAUAUAGUGUCGUUUGAGCCAAUGAUACAGUCUGUAGCGAGUAAAGCCUCUGACCUACGCCAAAUUUCUCCUGCAUCUGAGAUUUCCAAGAAAUAUGAAAAUCUUAGUACACAAGCAAAGGAGCUUUUUGCUAAACAAAAAGAAACUAUCGAAUUACACCAAGCUUUCAUUGAUUGUAGCAAUGAAUUUGCUGCAUGGAUUCGAAACGCUAAAGAGAAUCUUAAUAAAUGUUCCGAUCCUCGAGGGGAUAAAGAUUCGCUGGUAUCGAAGAUGACGCAAAUUAAAAUUCUCGACAAAGAUGUUUUGAUUGGGCAAACGAAAUUAGAAAAAGCAUUGGAACAAGCUGAAAUUGCUUGCCGGAAUGUAGAAACAGAGGAAUGCGAAGCAAUUGAGAAAGAAGUAGCCAUACUUCAAGAUGAAUUUGACAAUUAUUGCCUAGCACUGAAAAAAAUUGGGGCUUCUCUGGAAAACGGAAUAGUUCGGUGGAAAGAAUACGAUGAUCAAUAUACAGUUGCUGUGAAUUGGUUAGAUAAAUUAGAACAGGAAGUACAGACCUACAAUAAAAUGCAGAACACACUAGAAGAAAAGAAAAAUCUAUUGGAAGAGUUCCAAGAAAAGCUUCAGACGCUAUUUGACUGGCAAAAAGAACUCGACAAUUUAAAUGUGAAGGCACAAAUUUUGUUGGAAAUCUGUGCUGACACGCGAGUAAGCAAUGGUGUUACUCAACUUACAACAAAAUAUAAUGUACUACUUUCGAUUGCUAAAGAAACAAUGCGACGAUUAGAACUACACUAUCAAGAACACCAACAACAUAACACGUUAUACGGAGAAUGUCAAGAUUGGCUAGAUCGUCUGCGUGAAAAACUCAAUGAAUGCGAUUUAACACCCCAUACAGUUCAAGAGACGCAGUCUAAAUUAAAUAUUAUCAAAGGUAUUAGACAAAGUCUAGAGCAAGGACAAAACAAACUUCGAUAUUUGUUCGAAUUAAAAGAAAAAAUUAUGAUUGGCACGGAAUCUACUGGUGCAUCCAAAAUUGCAGAAGAUACAGAGAAUCUGAAAAUGGAGUAUGAAUCUCUAAUGAUUGACAUCAAUGAGAUCCGGCAACGAUUAUUAGCACAUUUGGCGCAACUCGAGGACAUAACCAAACUUGGGAAAAUGCUCGCUGAAUGGAUUGAAGAAGUACAAGCAAAACUCGUCGAAGAAACAAAUUUAAACGAGCUUUCAGAUAAAAGAAUGGUAUUGGAAAAAUUACGCGCUAUAUAUCGCGAAACUGCAAAUUAUAACGAUAUCACUGAUAAAAUAAAAUCAAAGCUAUCUGAGAAUAGUAACAUCAUUCCUGAUGAUCUGAAUAUUAUGAUAAACGAGUACAAUAAUCUGGUAGCUAAAAUAGUUACAGAAAUAGAACGACUGGAGAACCAAGUGAAUAAUUAUGAAAAAUUCAGACAAGGUUUACAUGAAUUAUACGAUUGGAUGAAACAUACUCGACAAAGCAUAGAAAAGCUGUCCGAUUACCACGGCGAUCGAGAACGCAUCGUGGAAAAAUUAAGUAAAAUCCAAGAUAUACAUAUGUCUCUAUCAGAAGGAAAAAUAUUACUGGAAAACGUGAAUGAACUUGGAAACAAAACAAUUUUAGUUACGGGUCAGGAAGGUCUAGAUUCGAUCAAACAAGAUCUUGUUCAAGCCAAAUCUGAUUGGAAUGAGAUUGAGGUACUAUCAGAUUUAGUUCAUAAAACAAUAACUGAUGUAUUAGCAUCAUGGGAGAGUUUCUACGAGAAAUCAAACAACCUGAGUGCUUUUAUUUGUGAAUAUGAGACAAAAAUUUCAGCAUUAGAUAACAGUAGCAAUGGGAAACAAGAAAACACCUUAAAAAGUCUCAAGAAUAUUUCGGAUAUUAUCAUGACGAAGAAACCUACUGUAGAUGAGUUGAAUGAUGUCUGCGAAAUAUUGAUGGAGAAGAGUGCUUGUCCCACGGUUAGAGAUCGCACAGUCGAUCUCCAAAAGAGUUAUUCUUCACUUCUAUCUAACUUGCAAGGAAUAAUUUCAAAAUUAGAGAAAAAUGUAUCAAGCCACACAGAAUUUACAUACUACAAAGACGAGCUUAACAAAUGGAUUGAUGAAGCAAAACGAAUUAUAAGCGAAUCACAAGAUGCGGCUUCAGAUGACAUCAACGAUACCAAAAGAAAAAUUUCCACCAUCCAGACUCUUUCCAAUACUGUACCGCAAGGACAAAAGUUUUUCGAAAUGUUACAGGACUCUUUCACAAAAUCAUCAUAUCUACACUCGGAAGAACAACAAACAGGAAUGUUCCAAAAUAUUUCUGAGUUGCGCGAUAUACUUGAUUCUAUCAUCAUUAAUAUCAGCACGUCUUUAAAUAAUUUGAAUAUUAAACACAAUCGUUUAGAGUUAUAUGAGGAGCUAAAAAUACGCAUUGCUGACUGGCUGAACACGACAGAGAGUGGGCUCGAAACAAUUCCUCAAACUCGUGGUGAAAUAAGCGAGGUUAAAACGAUUUUAGAACGUGUCAAACAUAUCCAUACUGAAAUUACAUUCAAGCAAGCUGAUAUAGACAGGUUGCAACAUGAAGCAAUGAAUUUAUUUGAUUCAAAUAGAAGCUCGAUAGAAAAAGAUAGUGCGAGCAAUUAUAUGCAACGAAAUUUGAAACUGGAUGAAAAAUGUGGCUACAUUAUCAAAAAUUUGGAGGCUGAGUUGGCUGAACAAAUGGCAUAUUACCAAGGAUUGCAAGAAAUUGAAAAAUGGUUAUUGCAAAUAUCUUUCCAAUUGAUGGCACAUAAUUCUCUAUACAUCCACAAUCGAGAACAAACUCUCGAGCAAAUUGCGCAGCAUGAAAAGCUUCUUGGUGAAAUCCAGCACUACCAAGUGAAUUUAGACGAUAUUAAUGCGAAAGGUCAAAAUCAAAUUGAUCGAUAUUUUCUUAAAGCACCCGAGAUUAAGAGCAGAAUAGAAAAUCAAAUGAAAAACAUUCGAGACAGUUAUCUUUCGUUGUUGAAUACCUCAGUUCAAAUAAAAAAUCGGCUUCAUGAUUCUCUGAAUAAAUUUCAAGAGUACGAGGACACAUUAGAUGACAUUAAUAACAAUUUGAAUAAUCUCGAGCCAGAAAUUCAAAAAAUGAAAUUAACGGAGAUAUCAAACCACAUUGAUGGGAAAGUUAUUCUGGAAAAUGCUCAAGAAUAUCAUAACAAGCUGAAAUUGGAAAAGAGUCGAUUGUCUCAUGCGAUACAAGCGUGUGAAGCGGCAACUGCCAGUAUAAGUCGUCCAAGUUCUCCAAUGGAAAUGUCACACCAAAUGAUUCCAGAAAAAGAAUUGAUGAUUCGUGCUCGUUUGGAGGAUCUUGCUGAGGAGGUACAAUCUUGGAUUGCUGAUCUUAUAUCGACUAUCAACGAGCAUGAACGCAAAUUAAAGCUUAUGACAGAAUUGGAACAAUGGAUUGUGAAACAGAACGCAGUGAUCAAUGAAUGGAGCUCUAAACCAACCAAAUUCCGCGUUGAGGCAGCGGAUCAAGAGUUACGACAAAUGAAUGACUUAUUGAGAAGCAUUGCACAGAAGAAAGAAGAUUCUGAUGUCCAAGAACCAAUUUUGCUGGAAAAGCUUGACAAACUAUACAGUGAUUUGGAACAAGUAAUAAAUAAGAAACGAGACAAUCAGUUAAUUAUCGUGAAAUACAGAAAAUCUUACGAAGAAGCUCAAAACUGGCUUGAUAAUAUAACUCGUCAAAUUGAUAACCUUGAAAAAGGAAGCGGCCUGAACUGUACGCAAAAACUUGAGAAAAUAUCAAAUAUAAAGAAAGUAAUGGACGAAAACUCUGACAUUGUAGCAGGUUACAAGCAAAAUGCAAGUGAAACAGCCGAAAUAAUUAGUAAUUUGGAUAGUCAGCAAAUAGAUGAACAAAUAAAAUCAAUUGAUCGCAGACAUACUGAUAUUCACAAAAGAAUCAGCAGAAAGCUUGACCUUAUAGAUUCAACAAAUAAAAGUUUUGCAAAAACUGUUUCUGAUAUUGCAGAAAUGCACCAGUGGUUGAGCGAUUGUAACGAGCGGAUUAAUACGCCAUAUUUUCUAGGACCAGAUGCUCAGUCGGCUGCAAUUCAACAUGAGACGUUUAAAAAUGUACUGAAAGAAGUGGAAAGAAAACAAUCUCAAGCAGACACUAUCGGAAAAAGAUUUUCUGGUAUACAAUCUGAGUUGGAACCAGAAGAACGACAAUUGAUAGAAAAAGAUAUUCAACAUUUGAUGAAAUCAAUGAAUUCACUUAAUGUUCGAAUACGCAGCGAAAUUGACAAAAUUAUGGAUGAAAUGUUAUGCCGGAAAAAUUUGCAAAACAACUUGGAAAUGACGAGGGUCUGGAUUAGAACAAAACAGAAUGAUGUAAACAAAACUUCGAAUUAUAUACCGUUAUUAGCAUCAAAUGUGUUGUCUGAAAUAAAAUUAUGUAAGCGACAUGAACAGGCAAUAAAGGAGUUUGAAUCUAAUGCCUUUAAAGAUGUUAUCAAACAAAUAAAUGAAAUUAUGAAAGAUUGUAGUGACGAAGGUAGAUUGACACUGACAAGCAAUUUUGAUGAAAUAAAGCAAAAAUUAGAAGAACUUCUUGAAAGUUGCUCGUGCAAAUUAAAGAUCAUGGAGCACGAAUAUCAAAAGCGUCAUAGCUAUGAGAAAGGCAAGGACUUGUUUUGGGAUUGGUUAUUGGAAGCUGAGAAAAUUAUUUCCACCGACAUAAAUGUCACAAGUUUACAAAUACUAAACAACCAGCUACAAAAACUGGAUAUUUUAUGCGUACAAUGCACUGAAAUGAAACAAUCUCUCAAAGAACUAGAUGAUUACAAGGCAUCAAUAGUUCCCACAUUGAACGAUCCCGAUAAAAACAACAUCGAUGGUCAGAUGAAAAUAGCAAAUGAAAAAUGGAAAGUUGUUCAAAAUGCUUUAAAUAGUAAAUAUGAAAAGCUCAUGAAUCAUAAACAAGAAUAUGAAGCUGCCAUAGCAAAAGUGAACAACUGUUCCGAAGUGUUGGCUCAAGCUCAAAUCCAGAUAAGGGAUAUGAAUAGACCAGUUGUUAGUAGAAUAGAGAACAUUCAAGAUUUUCUAAUGUCAUACGAGACAAUGUUGGGAAAUUUGAAAGAUGUACGUCUUGAUUUGAAUACCAUUUUGCUAACCAAUAUACCACAAUUGAGAGAGAAUACUUCAAAACUUGAAGAAAUGAUCAUAGCAAUCGAAGAACAACUGAAAUGUUCCAAAUCAAUGCUGGUUUUGAGAGACCAAUUUAUUGCAGCUAUCAACGAAGUAGUGAAAUCGAUAACUAAAAUUCACACCGAUUUCAACGAAAUCGAGCAAUUCGCUCAAGAUAUAGAAGAUCGCUUGAAAAGAUACAUGGAUAUUUUACAUCAAAUCCAUUUAUGCGGUGGUUUGCUAUCGAUAGCAACAGAUAAAGGACAUGCCAUUGCCAAUGAAGGAACAGAUCAUGAUCGUCACAACAUCAUGGAUCAGUUGCAUUCUCUUCAGUUGCAGUUAGAUUCCAUACGAAGGAGUGUUGAAAUCGAGCAAGAUGAAUAUAAAAAGCAGCAUAUUUUCUACCAAACUACAACUAAUGGUUUGAUGGAGUUGUUAGAUUGGUUCCAGCAAAAUAACGAUGUUAUUAAGUCUCGUCCCAAGUAUAGUGAUGACACGAAUGUUUCGGCAGAUUAUUUGAAAAGUCACGAAAAAAUUAGCAUCCAUGCUCGUUCGAAUAUCAAUAAAAUCUCAGAGCUUUUGAAUAAACUGAAAGCCGCGGCAAAACUACCGACUGAACUUCAGGAGAAAGUAUUUACUGCUCAAACCUUCAUCAACGAUGUGCCUAAGGAAUUGAUAGCGCGUGAGUCAUAUUUGGAAGCAAAUCAUCAAUACCGUUUGAUUUACCAUGAAGGUCUGAACAAGUUGAAGGAUUGGCUCAAUACUGCUGAAAAACGUUUCAAAUCGCAAAUCGAUUUCAAAUUAGAGUUGAAUGAUGUAAUCUCUGAUAUUGCCGAAAUGGACAAAUUUUUAGAAAGUGAAGCUUUCUUCAGGAAAUUACUGUUCCAUGAUAUUCAAGAUCAUGCGGAUCAGUUUUGGAAUACACUCGCAACAGUUGAUCAAGACAGAUGCCUAGCAGAGCUGCAAACACUCAAAGCACGCUUAUCCGAGAUAUCAAAUAAUGCAGCGAUUCAACAAAGCAAAUUACUGACUAAUAAGGAUCUCGUUCGGCAAUAUCAUGCUCAAAACGAUAAAGUUAAGAAGUGCCUUCAUAAAAUGAAAAUAGAUGAUACGAUAAUGACGCUACCGACACUCUCAGGACGAAUUGACUACAUCAAUGGAAUGUUAAAAGCGAAUGAGAAGGAUUGCAACGAAUUAGACACGCUGAACGAGAUAUCUAAUCAUAUUAUUGAACAAGCGAAUCAAUUCGACAGCAGUAGAAUUCGAAAGGAUAACAGCGAAAUCAACCGCACUUGGACCGAUUGCAUAGCACUUCUACGCAACCUUCAAGAAAAUUUGGUGCAACUCCAGCACCAGUGGGUUCAACUCGAAGAUAUACUACAGGAGCUUGAAAUAAAAUCGAACAGUUUACUCGAGAAGGAUAAAAGCUUGGAUUUGUCGAUCCAAUCAAAAGAUGAUAUUCUAGCCAAAAAGCAUGCGAUAAAAAGUUUGCUGGAAGAUAAAACUACACUUGGUGAAUUGAAUACGAAGGCGAAUUCUUUGGCGAAAACAUUGAUCAGCGCACUGAAGGAGCAGCAAAUAUCACCUCAUUCAUUAGAAGAGAAAUUGAACCACCUGAAUCAGGUUAAUACAAAGCUUCAAGAUAAUUUGGAUGUGAAACUUCAAAAGUUGCAGAACAUUCUACGGGAGUUGGAACAUUAUUCGGAAGAAAUCUACACACUUCAAAAGACGAUAGGACAGUUGUUUGAGGAUCUUAAAAAAAUUGAUCCGUUUGAUGAAAAAUUAUUCCAAACAGAAAAGAGUCUCAAUUCUAUCAAAUCAACUGCAGAAGGAUAUUUGAACCACAAAGUGCAGCUUCAAAAUCAGAUCAAGGAUAAAUAUUUGUCUUCGCAACCGUUUAUUCCAAACGAUUUGGCAGAUCAACUUAAUUCGUUAGAAACUCUUUUAACGACUAUUUCGUUCACAAUGGAGGAAUGUGAUCGUGACUUUAAAAGAGCGAAAACCAUGCGUACUGAUUAUUUCUUAGCAUAUGACAGAAUUAAAACGUGGAUAGAAAACGCAGAACUAACUGUCAGUAACCAUAAUAUUGAUCCCAGUGAUUUAAAAACGAAAUUAACAGCAUUCACUCUUGAAUGCUCCGAUCUUCGCCUGUUAUGUGAUCAACUAGUCCUGAAUGGAAAUGAGAUCAUAAAAAAUUGCAGAAACUAUAAUGAUAGGCAAGCCAUGCAAGCGAACAUGGAUCAGAUAUGUUUAGAACUAAUUAAAACCAUUCAACUGAUUCAUGAUAAAAACGAAACUGUUGAUCACAUUCUCGGAAACUGGGCAAACUUUAUGCAUUUAUAUCAAUCGGUCAUUGAUUGGUCAGUGACAAUUCGUUUACUUUUAGAAAAAAAGCUGCAACUGAACUCAUUACCUGAAGCACAACUAGCGUGUCAGAACUACACAAGUGCGGUGUCUACCUUAGCAGAUGUUUCGAAACAUUUGAGCGAAAUGAAUCUAGAAUUCGAUAAAAUAAACGAAGUUUGUUCAACUGGUUUCUUGAAGAACAAACUACACGAAGCCGACACUGUGAAAGUCAAUAUGGAAACAACAUUAUUCGAAAGGAAUUUAUUUCUCCAAGAAACAACCGAAGAAUGGCAACAGUAUGAGCAUAAAAUUAAAAGCGUAAAUGAAUGGAUCAAAGAAUCGUAUGAGACGUUGAGUUCUCCUGAAAUGAAAAUAAAACCUUUACGCGAUCAGCUUCGCAUACUUGACCAAAUGCUUGCAGAUAUAUCAGCACAAAAAAUUAAAGUCAAUAUGUCGUUAGAAAAACUGCAGGUUCACUUUCAUUCAGAAAUCAUAUGCACAGAUAAUCCCAGUAUAGUUUACAAUGGACGUUCUGUGCUAGACAGUCUUGAUAAACUGAAUACAGACGUACUUCAAACAACUCAAAACUUAAACAAGACUUUAGUAAAAAUUGAGGAAUGUCAAUAUGAAAUGCAAACUUUACGGCAUCAUAUUGUACAAGAGGAACAACAGCUUCGAAAUAUUUUGUCACCCUUGCAUCAAUCCAGUGAUAGUGAUAAAAACGAAAAGGAACCGUCGUUCAUUCGGAACCAUAUUUCUAAUGAGGAAACCCAGCGUCAACUAUCUGAGCACCUAGUGUAUACCACACAGCAACCGGAAGUAUCACAUCUGGUAGAUAUGGAAAAUUCAUCAAAAUCAAUAGCAUCGUUUCCCUCGUAUAUCAGUGUUAAUGCUAGCGUAUCCGAUAGAACAACGAAACAUGUAGCACCUGAAUUAAAUUCAAACAACAAUCGGCCAACCGUUUGGAAUAACUCAGACCUCACAUAUGCUGAAGUUGUUGCUGGUCUUCGUAAACAGCAUCAAACACAAUAUCGUUUAUCAAAGGUUUCCACUGAGCAUGAUACAAAUGCAAAAUGUCCAGUAUUAUUCAGUCUGAACCAAAAAGACAAUAAUCCAACGGCUCCCUAUUCGAACAAUUCCUUAAAGUUAUCUAUACCUGAUACCCGUUUCGAAACUGAAUUGAAACAUCCUAAAUCUAUACCAAAAAACAAGCCUAAACCAGUCAAUAUAUCUUGCAAGUCUCAAAAAUAUAUUCAAAAAGAUAUUACUAAGUUACAAAAACACAAAUCUGAAUCAGAAUCUUCCUUAAAGGAAGAUUCGACUAACGCUGUCCAAUUAAUGCUGAAUUCAACUGAUCAAACACGAGCAACAGAAACCCCGAUAGUUGAUAAUGUUGAUGCUUCUCCACAAUAUGUCCCAGUAAAUAAUUUGAAUGAGUCAUAUGCAGAAGUUCUUAAAAACAUCAAAACGAAAAAUACCCGAUUCGUUCCCCCAUCUAAGAUUGUUCAAAAAUCUUCAGACAUCGACAAAUUUGAUUUAAAUGACACCACAAAUGAGCAAUCUAUCUCUAUCAGCUCUUCUUUCCAUUCCAAAAGUUAUGCACCACGCAAGCAUAAAAAUCAACAUGUCUCUGAGCCUAUUAUUGAUUCCAAAAGCACUUUGGUGGCGCUAUCAAAAGGCAGCAUUUCUUUAGACAUAGAUAGUGGCCAUGCAUCAUCAGUACUCGUUAAAACAAUCAAUACAAAUAGUUCUUCAAAUGAGCCGAGAAAAUCAAAAAAGAAGAAGAAAAAAUCUAAAAAACCUUUAGACCUUGUGAAAGUUCAAAGUGAGAAUGACGGUGAAGUUGAUACAAUAACGGACACAGUAUCAUUAUUAAAUAAAACAGUAAAAGUUGUAAAUAUUCUUACACACAAAGACAACGUCCUAAUUGAUCAAUCAGGAGUCUCGUGUUCAAAAAGAAAUAUUGAGGCGGAAUCUGAAGGAACACAAAAUGCGGACAAAACAGUUAAUGUGACCAAUUUUUCCCACACGAAAGAUUGUGUUCAUGAAGAUACACAAACAAACCCAUCUGAUGUUCAGAGACAAAAACCUUUUCUAUCGCAAAAUUCAGUUGACAAAAAAAUCAACCAAUAUUCACUAGAUUCAACGGAAUCGCUAAAGUCGUCAAACAAUGAAAUAGUGACACAUGAUGACGUUGAACCAAUAAAAAAUGCAAAUCUAUAUUUCAUCGCUCCUAAAGAAAAUAUAGAUUUGAGUAAAAGUUCAGUGAAAACAAAAAAGAAUAAUACAGAAAAAUUUGAAAAAAUUCGAAAAUCGAACUCGUCCAAGAUAAUAGCAUUACUGGAGCGCGAAAGUAAACAAUUUGAAAAAGAGCUAUUGAAUGAUCAGCCAGAAUUAUCAACACAACACGAAAAAGAGAACGAAAUGAUGAAUGUAAUAUAUCACAGUCAACACAAUUUAGAAAAUCAAAAAAAGAAAGUAGCACCAGACGAUAUUACGAAUAAGGACGUAAUAUUAACCGAGUUAGAUCAAGGAUUCAAAAGUAAUCUAGUAUUUGAGGAGUAUGAUUUCAUGCGUUCCACACAACUGGCAAAUAAACAAGAACCAGUAACAGAUGUAAACACUUCUCAGAACAGUAAUGGUAAUAACAGUUUGAAACCUGGUGAUACAUCAACAGUAUCAAAUCAAGGUCAUCGUGAAUCAACUUCAAAAGUUACUACAAAUGAUGAAGUACAACCGACCACAUCUAAUGAUUUAGAUCAAAAUCGUUCCACAACAGUAACGAUCCAUAAAAAAUGGCGUGAAAACACACAAAAGAUUUCGAUGAUUACACACGAAGAGCACCUUUUGAAACCAAUUUCUCAUAUGAAGCUAGAGCUUCCAAAUGUUAGCUUUGAAAAGAUUAUCAGUGAAAUGGAACAGUUUCCAAUAAAUCCUCAACAAGGGGAAGCUGAAGCUCACACGGAAAUUGUUAAAAACUUUGAAACAAAAUUCGGUGAAGAAAUGCAAAUGGCAACUGAAAUAUCUGUUGUUGAUUAUUUGACAACAGAUCCUUUGCAUACUAAAUUAAUUGGAGUGCUAUCAGAUGAAGAUGCAAGUACAUCCAAGACACAGAUUGAUCUUAUAGACAGUGACGAAAAUAAUAGAACAAACACAAAUUCAAAACUAGAGAAAUGUGAAACAGUUACAUCCACAAUGACGAACAGUUUUGAAAGUUUGACAGAACAACAAAGUAUUGAUUUCUUGAAUGUGGACUCUCCUUCAAUACAAAACAGAAAUAGUUCCAUAACUGCUGAUGAGCAAGGUAAAAUAUCGCCCGAGAUCCAUAAAAGUACGAUAGUACAUCAAGCACAUAAAAGUGUGGAACUUUUGGAACCAAUGAAAAUCAGCACUUGUGAUAUUGCGUACAUACAACAAGACGACAUAAAUUGUUUAUUAGAGUUCAAAAAACACCCCGGCUCGAUAGAAAAACUGAUCGAAUCAAUUGACCCAAGUAAUCAAAUGGGAGAAGAACACAAAUCUGACAGUACAGAGCUUGGAUCCCAGGUCUUAAAUCGCACUUUCACUGUUGAUGAAAGCAUUGCAGUAAUGGGAAGAAGUGAUAUCAGUAUUCCUCCAGCUCAAGUUUCAACUGACCAAGAAAAGCGCUACUUAUCGUGUAUUGAUGUAAUCAUAACUGAUGAUACAAGACAAAAAUUAGAACAUGAAGAUUCAUUUGAAACAACCAAGGAAACUCUAAACGAACUUCAUAAGGUACUGAUGACAAUUGAACACAGCUCAAAAAAUGAUUUGAUUGAAACAUUGCCGGCAGCUGGAUCGGAGUUAUCUAGUAUCAAUAAAUAUCAGCCACGAGUUGAGAAUAAUAAUUCAGUGUUGGUCGGAGACAAUGAAUAUCUUAACAACAACUGCUAUACUUACUGGAAGUAUCACGAUGCAGAAAUGGAGUAUCACAAACAUUUCCCAUUGCUACAUGAACAAAUAGAUAAACAACAAAUAACUACUUACACUACAAAUAGCAAGAGCUCAGAAGAUAUCGACAUGCAGCAAAUAUCUGAAAAUAGUUCUAUUGUUCUGAUUACUGAAGACCAGGAAAUAGUAUCUCGGGAUGAAAUAGUCACUAGACAAUCUGAAAAUGAGACUAACAACAACAAAUUGGCUGUCGAACAGAUACUAGACGAACGCUACAUAAAAACUCAGGAAGCACAACAACUACAACAUCAAAUUUCAAACAAGAUCAGUGAUGAUAAUAUUGCCCUGAUUGAUUGCCAAGUGACAUCAUUUGGACAAGAUGUUGUUAAAACUACUGGAUCAGAUCAGCCAACGGAGACCUUAGCACAACGAGCUGAUGUACAGACUGAUGAAAUUGUUUUGUUAUUGCAAACUAAUACUGAAGAAUUAAUAAGAACAGAAAGAACGCAAGAAUUAAAGCAUCAACAAAUCUGCGAUAAAUUUGACGAAGAGGAGACCUCUCUAAUAGCUCUCAGAGAAACCUCUUCUGAGCCAGAUGUUAUCCAUUCAAUAAAGGUUACUGAAUCAGAACGGCCUGAAAGCAUUACUUUAAACUGCAGUAGAAAUGAUAUACAAAGUGUUACUAAUGAUACGUAUUUGAAAGAGAGUAAGCCCACAAAUGACGAUAUCUUGUCACAAGUGCAAUUCAGUUCCAUGCAAACGCCGACAGAUGAGCAACCUAUUGAUAAAGUUGAUCAAAUGCUUACAGUAAAAACUGAAGGAAGUUUCUCUGAGAUUCAAGAUGAGGCCAGUGUUUCACAGGAUCAUGAUCAUUACAAUUUUCAAGAUAGUAGCAAGCAGUUUCUAGAAAGCCAGAUAUCAAUCGAAUUAGAAAAACCAGAACUCGAUAGCACACUUUGUGAUGAGAAGACUGCAUUAAUUAUUUCUAAAGAAGCAGAAACUGUCACUAGAACCAGUCCAGAUUUUAAAAAUGACGUUAGCCAGCCCGAAUCCAACACUAUCUUCUUACUACCUCGAAUUAAUGAACAGCAAUUAAAUGAUGAGCUAGAACAACAACCUGUUGGACGAACUGACUUGCAAGACAUAAGUGAAAAUAUUGCAGAGACUAUUGAGAGAGACACAGAUAUAGUAAGUACUAAUGAAAAAUCAAUCGAAAAUCGAGAAAUGCUGGAGCACCACCAAAACUUCGAUAAAAUUGACAAUGAGAAUAAUGUUUUGUAUGCUCACAGUAAAAUGUCGACAGAUCAAGAAAUUUUUCAAUCAGAUGUAGUUAUUGAAAAACUUUCAAACCAAGUCGAUGAUAAGAAAGUAGCUUCAAUUACUUUCGAACAAGAUUUGAUCCAAUCAAAUACAGUCAUUACAGAGGAUUCGAAAAGUAGUGGAAUUCUACCAGAAAUUGAAUCUAGCUCUUACGAAAUGCCGACUGACAAACAGAAACAAAACGAUGAGUUAGACCAAAAGCUCAUUGAAGAAACUAGGGAAACAGUUUCACCUGCUUCUAAUAUGUAUAGUAAUGUGCAUCAGCGGCAAGUAUCGACCAAGAUUGAUGAUGAAGAAUCUACUUUAAUUUCUCUCAGGGAAACAUCAUUUGAACAAGAUUUUGUUCUAUCAAAUACAAGUGCGGGAGUACAUAACUUUGAUGAUGCUUCUAGCUUCCCACAACUACUGGCAGAUGAACAACAUCUAAAAAACGUGAUAAUACCAAAACCUCUGCAAGACAAUUGUGGGAAUAUUAUUCGCCCUCUUGAAGACUCAAUUUUACAAGAUACUAGUGAGAAAGAAACGCUAGAAGUACAAGAAUUGAAUCAGGACGGAAUUAAUGAUGAAGAAAUUACAUUAAUUGCUUUCAGAGAAAAAUCAUUUGAGCAAGAUUUGAUCGAAUCGAGUAUGGUUCCGAUAACAAAGGAUUCUGUUGAUAUCUCUUCAGUAACAGAAGAACACGCAUUGGCUGACAGCCAGCAACUACCGGAUGAGAUAAUUCACAAACUCGUAGUACAAAUUGACGAAGCAUAUUCGGCUUUGCAAAAUGAAAAAGAAAAUAAUGCUCAGAAUGUUGAAAAAGAAUUGUCCGAUUUGCAAGCUAGCUGGAAAUCCAUGGAAAAUGUAGAAUCACAAGAAUGGGAACUACAAAAGUUUGAUGUUGAGAAAAUUGACCUAGAUGCUCUCGAAAAAACAUCAUUCGAACAUGAUUUGGUCCAAACAAAUACAACUACUUUAAUACAAAACUCAACAAAUGUUGAUAGUUCUCGUCAAAAGUUAUCAGAAAAAUAUCAACUGAAUGAUCCUAAAAUAAUACCUCAUGAACAAGAUUUGAUCCAAUCAUUGUCCGAUGAUCGAGAUAAUAUAACAAUAGAUGAUGUGCUGAGAAAAACUGAUAAUAGUUCCUUGCAAAAGUUGACAGACCCCGUUGAUGAUAUUGAUUUUAAAAGUAAAAAUGUGGUACAGAUGUUUGAAAAAGAUUCAGGUUCCCAAGAAGGCAAAGAAUUAGAACGUCAAGUAAUUUCAGAUGUGACAGAUGAUGAGGAAAUAUCAUUAAUUACUCUAAGAGAAAAUAUCAAAUUUCAACUGUUUGAUGAGGCUGACCAAAAUUUUAAUGAUAAGAUUGAUGAAAAAUCUUCGGAUUUACAAGCUAGUGAUCAAAAUAUUAUGCGGUCUUCUGGAAAAGAUUUGCUGAAUAACAUUGAAAAGUUUAUAGAAAAUAUGAAAUCACAUGAGUUGGACAAUCGACAAACAUCAGAUGAGAAAGAAACAUCGCAUAUUGUGAACCUUGGCGAUACACCUUUGAAAGAACAAGAAAAUUACGAUCCUGAAACGUUUAUACAUAACCAGAAAUCGCAAGCAUCAGAAUAUCAACUGGCCGUAGACGAAGGAAAUGAUGAACAGAACAAUAUAGAUAAUUCCAAAGCAACAUCAUUAAAUCCGGAUUUGGAACUAUCGGGAACGAUUAUUGAAGCACUCGAUCCUAGAUUGAAUGAUGCCAUCCUGUCACAAACUGAAUCUAGUUUCUUACAAACAUUAGCAGAUAUUCCGCAACCAUGCGAGGCAAAAAUUGUUCCAGAGGAUGCACAAGCUUUUGAAAAGGAUUCAGAUAUACGUUAUAACGAUGAAAAUCCAGAAGAACAAGUAUUAGAACAUCUACAGUCGCGUGGUGAAAUCGAUGACGAGGAAUUGUUAUUAAUUUCUCUGAGAGAAUCAUCAUUUAAACAAGAUUCGAUCGAAUCCGCUAUCAAAAACAAAACGUCAAUCCGUAGAAGUGAUGAAAUCUUACCUGAAAACGUAUCUAGCUCCUCACAAACAUUGACAGACAAACUGACAGACGAAGAGCAGAAAUUGAUGCAUAAAACAGACAAAACUGUGCGGGAUUUAUAUCCCAAUUACGAUAAUCUUGAGCUAACAAUUGUAAGAGAAACAGAUUUGUCAUACAAUAAUGAGAAAUUCGAAAAAGCUGAGAAAUCGUCCGAAUCAGAGAAUCAACGAAGCUCAGAUGCUACAUUACUCAAAAAUGAUUUUCUUCCUACCACGAGAAUCACUGCAAUAUCAGACACUCUACCAGAAACGGAAAAUAGGCCCUUACAAAAGCUGACAGACAUACAGCAAUCUAACACUGAUUUGGGUCAAAUAGCUGUUGAAAAGUUUGAAGAAACUUCUUCGGGUUUUCUAGGCAACAUAGAAAAUGUUACUCAUGGUCUUGAAAACAAUCCUCAAUUAAGAGGUAGUAAAACGGAAAACAUAAAAUCGCAAGAACCAAAACUUCAACCGAUUUCAGAUAAAAUUAAUAAUGAAAACAUUGAUCCUGUUACAUCUUUCGAGCAUGUUUUAGAUCAAUCAAACACAAUCAUUAACACCCAGUUAGAGCAAAGAUGUGUUGUACAGAUCGACGAGAAAACUGAGGUCUUACAAGAAAAAGCAGAAAAUUAUUCACAAGCUCUUGGAAAGGAUGCAAAUGAGCAAAAUAACAGCGACGGGAACCGAACCCAGUUCGACGAGUUACAAGUUAAUAUUGAAAAAAACGUUCAAGAUGAUUCUGAUCAAUAUUUACAAAAUAACAGUGAAAAGUUUAUAGAAAGUCAGAAGUCACAAGAAUCAGUAAAUCAACAACCCAACGAUGAAACUAACGUGGCUUCGAUUACUUUCAAAGAACUAUCUCUCGAUGUUUCAACAAAUGAAGACAUUUUGUCAGCAAAUAAAACUCAUUUCUCACACACUAUGAUAGAUGAUAACCAGCAAUCCAUCAAAGAGAUAAACCGAAACAAUGUUGAACUGAUUGACGAAACAGUUUUUGAUUUACUAGAUAACGUUAAAAAUGUGUCAGAAUGCAGCGAAAUAUCUCUAGGCGAUCAGAAACCACAAGAAUUGGAACAUCAACAAGUUUUAAUCACAGAUGAAGGAUGUGAUGAUGAGAUUGAUGUGAGUUCUGUUAGAGACCCAUCAUUUGAGUUGAAUUCGAUGCAUUCAAUAAUAAUUUCUGAUUCACAAAAUCCUGUCAAAGAUGAAGACGUACAGGAAAUGGCACCUUGUUUCUUUCCAACUUUGCAACUAAAAGCUGAGGAAGAUAAAAAAAUUGGUAUAUUUGACGAAACUGAUUUGAAUUUGCAAUACAAUGAUGAAAAAGUCAUACAUGGUGUAGAAAGUAAAGAGAUAAGUCAGCAUUUAAGUUUUGAGCAUCAACAAAUAAUUAAUGUAACGAAUGAUGAGGAAACUUCCUUAAUUGCUCUUAAAGAAACAUCAUUUGAACUAGACCGUUUUGAAAUAGAGCAAUCAACAAAUGAUGACACUGUAGAACAAGAAAUUGACAAUUGCACUUUAAAAAACACAAUGGAACACAAAGAUGAAGACAAACAAAGUGGAACUGAAAACACUAGUGAAUCGACUUCCGCAAAUGCAAAUACCAAUGUUACUAACACCAAUGAAAAAGCUGCAGAUUUGCCAGAUCACUCCGAUAAAUUUUUAAAAACCUUGAAAGGACCAAGUUUAGAAUCGGUGGAUACAACAAAUGCAAAUUCACAAUUCGCAAAUUACCCUACAGACGAGGAGAUCACUUUAAUUGCUCUAAGAGAAACAUCAUUCGAACAAGAUUCGAUGAAGUCAAAGAAAGCCACUGAAUCAGAACGACCGAAACAUGAUGAUACAUAUCAACCAAUCAAUGUGGUAGAUCAAAGAUAUAAUGUACAAAAUGAAGGAGCAGCAUCAACACCACCGUCCGAAUCCUGCUCAAAUGUAACAUUUGCAGGUACAUUUACGUCAGAUACUUCAAUGGAUGCAUCACAUGUGUCAAAUGAAAAUCCUAAUCAACGACUAGGAAAGCAGUUUAAUUCUAUCGAAACCAACAUUCAAUACAUGAAUCAAUCCACAGAUGACCCCAGCACAACAAAACUGAAUGUUGCUAUCAUCUUCACUGAAGGAAAAAGCAUCUCUCCUUGUUAUUGGAAGUACUGCGAUGCUGAGAAGUUACAUCAUACCAACAUUACACAAUCCGACACUACUGAUCAACUGACAGUAUGCAAACCUUCAACAAAUCAAAAUGAGCUUAGUUGUUUCAAUGAACACGUUGAAUGUAAAUUUAACCAUUUUGACGCUAAAUGUUUCAAACGUUAUUAUAAUUACUGGGAGUAUCACGACGCUGAGAAGCAAUACUUUCAUCGCUCUUCGGUUACUUUUAAUAAACCAAGUGCACAAAUUAGCUUCCAAGAUUCAGAAGAGUUUAUACAUUCUGAUACGAUUUACACAACCGAUGUUGGUCAGAGAGUUACGCAUGAGAACAUAUCUGAUCAAAACUGUUCUAGUUCAACUGUGGAGAAAAAAUGUGACGACAUUUCAAAGUACACAAAUGAGGAAUUUUUAUCAGAUGAAAACAAUGAAUUAUCAGGGCAGGGAAUGAUGCCAUCUGAUCUCGUUCGUGAGCAAGUGAAAACACAAGAAUUACUAGAUAGAUCCAUAGGCCUAUCAGAAACCAAUGAAACCGUUGUAGAUGCCGCACAAAAUGUAGCAAUUAAUAUGAAUCGGAACGAAUAUUUUGAGAAUUUGGCAUUUGGUGGAUACUUAAUUGAAAAAUCAGUAUACGAUACGGCCGAAAACCAAUAUCAUGUUUUAAAUACCAGAGAACACUUAAAAACUCAUCCUUCAUUAGGAUCUCUUUCGAAAGAUGAAGAUAUCAAUCAGCAGAAUCGAUGCGAAAAAAAUCACGAAUACCAUGACUAUUCUAAUAACUCACAGCUAUGCGCAUCAACAACUAAUAUGCUAACUGAUAGUUCAAACAACUCCACACAUUUAAUUUCCUCCUAUCCCGACUGCACCAAUCCUUUAUCCAAUACCGAAUUUCCCGAAACACCUAAACUGUUAGGUACAACAAACAACGUAGUGCCAAGUAAUUCCAAUGAUAAUGUAGCUGGUUGCACCAUGAGUAAACAGACACUUACAAAUAGUGUGGAAAAUAUUUUGGAAUCUUUGCUGUCCGCCGAACUUAAAAUGAAUAAUUUGCCCUAUGACAAUAUAAAUGAUUUAAUCAAAGGUUUACAGAUUCUUAUUGAAAAGUUGGCUGAUUACAAGCAACAAAAUAGUGCCAUCUCUAUGUCGGUUCCGCAAAAUGCCGAUAAUCGGGUCAAAGAAAGUAUUCAACAAAUUGAUAACCGUAUUGAUUUUCUACGCCAAAGAGCCCACGAAGGAUUAGAGAAAAUUCAGACUUCUUUAAAAUUACGAGAACAACGAAAGGCAGAAGUGCAUUCGUAUUUUCAACUGUUGGAUGAAAUCGAAAACUGGUUAUGUUCUGAAAGUAUACAACUUUCUAGCAUAGAUGAACAAUGGCCAGAGGAUAAUUUAAUACCAGUGUUGAAUCAAAACCGAAUAAAGUUAGAGCAACUUCGGGAAAAAGAAAUUCAGUCGCUUGAUAUGUAUUCAAAAACUGAAGAGUUCAUAAAAUAUGUCGACUUGCAGGAUAAAGCAGUCGUAUUACGAGAAAAUCUAAACGUUUUAAACAGAACAAUAAGAGAGAAAGCACUCAUAUUAGAGCACAAUAUUCAACAUAUUCAAGAAAUGAUGGAGCCAUCAGAAAUUUCAAAAGUAGAUAAUGAGGUUCAAACCAGUCUUCCGUCUUCUCUUACUGCGAUGGAAGCUGCAAUUACUACAUCCAGUCAACAGAAUACUUCAUCACAAACCGAAAGUGAUCGAUUAACGGAUAACAUUCUUAUAAUACAAUCUGUUGCUGAUGGUAGAGAGAUAGUUCAAAUUUCAAAUGUGUCUAAUUCAUCAUUUUUGGGAUCUGCAAGUGAUGUAAUAGUUGAAGCAAAAUAUACUCAACAUGUACCGGGAGAAAGUACGAGGUCCUCGGAAAUUCUUCUGAAAAAUAUACCUUCAGAGUUUGAGACUACGUUUGUUGAACCAGAUGAAAGCACGACUGAAAUUAUCGUUGAAAAAGAUGGAUCAAAGAAAAUAAUUCUUAAAAAGAUGGUCCUCCCAGUAGAGUCUAUAGACUCUUUGACAGCUGUUGAUCCAUCUUAUGAGCCAGAAAUGCAUUCAGUCAAAAUUAAAGAUAAGUUGAAUGAAUCGCAUAACGAACCUUUUACUAUCAGCGAGGGUGAUGAUGUUCAUACCGUAGUGGGUGAUGAUGUUCAUAACGUAGUGGAGCAAAUUUUGAGUGACAUUCAACAGAAGGUUGUUGUAUUAUCGGAGAAUGAAACAAAUGAAGUUCAGGAUCAUCGAACAGAAAAAUCUCAGGUAUUUGAAUCUAUUGCACAAAAAGUAGAUUUGAUUGCUUCUGUUGUUGAAUCACCAACUAGUACUGUAUUUAGUAUGCAAAAUACAUCACAGUCGAACGAAAAACUUAUCGAAACAUAUUGUUCCUAUAAACCAGACAGUACAGACAAGACUAUAAUAGGUGUAAGUGAAAUAUGGCCGCCUUCAGAGUUUAUAACUUCAUCCGAAAAUACGCCUUUGGUAAAAUCUAUUGAAUUACCACCUGUGCCUGUCGAUUCCACCGAUAUAGCAACGCAAAAAGAUUCAUCUGAGGCUGAUAGAAUUUGGCCUUUAAAUUUAGAUAUCGGAUCAAAUAGUAUUAAGAUGAAAAGCAUACCAAGUGAUAUUGCUAGGUCAACAGUAGGUAAUACAGAACAGACUUGGCUGAAGCCUGAGAUUGAAGAACAUUCAAUUGAGAUUGCUAUCGAUUGUGCGUCAUCCGAAAAUGUUGCUUUGACUACAAGUGAUAAUGAAGUGCUAUUGAAAAAGAAUGAAGAGAAUAUUAGUGAACAAAAAUACAAUGAAACUACAUUUGAUAAAAUUGUUUGUGACACCCCUACAAGUAUAAACGAUGAAACGCCGAGUGAUGAAGCAUUAACUCAACUACGUGUUGCUGAAUUCCAAACGAUGCAUUUAGAUGAAGCUCUUGCUGAUAGCGUAGUGAUUCCUGGUACAGAAGAAGUUAGCAACGUUCCGACAGAGCAUGUUGAUACACAAGAUACAAAUGUUAUGACACAUUCAGGAGACGACGAUAAAACAGUCGAAGAAAAUAAUGCAACGAUCAAUAAAGAACGAACACUCGAAGUUCAAGUUUCCUCCAUUAAAAAAUCUCACGGAGCUCUAAAACUUAGCAUGAACAUCGAUUCUUCCGAUGCCAGUAAAGUCAAUGUUAGUCUAAUAGAAAUAGCUUCUAGUGAAGCAAGUCCCGAUCAACCGGAAGCUACAGCACUGUCGGAAACACAGUUAUGUGCCGAGAAAAUCGAAGGACUCAGUGAAGUAGAUUUUGACAAAGGAUAUGAGGCGGACAAAACUACUCCAGAAGGUGAAUCAGAAACUUGUGAUUCCCAGAAAAAAAAGAAAAGAAGAAAGAAGAAACACAAGGGGGAUAAAACCGAAUCAGAAGUUAUACAGGAUGAAGAAUUGAAAACAACACAGUUGGACGUUGGUAAUGAAAAUAAAUCGAAAUCCUUAUCCGGUAUAUGUUACGAAGAAAAGGACUAUGAUGAAAUACAGCGAAGCGUAUUCCGUACCGAAGAAGUAUCAACGAUCGUCCAGGAAAAAGUAGUAGUUCCAACGGAAAUAGUGGAAACUGUUUAUGUUGAAGACGUACAUCAACAAACAACUCCUGUGCACUUUACUCAAUCGGAAGAAGACGUGGAUCAAGAAAUUGUCCUAAUUACAUCUGAUAAAUUGAUGGUCUCAAUCGACGUGGAAGAGAAAUCAAUUCAAACAUCACAUGAGCCGGAUGUAGUAAAAGCAUCUCAACAAACUUCUCCUAUAGAGCAAGAAAUUCCCCAACUAGACUCUAAAGAAAUUCAAGCUACCAUCAACGUGCUAGAAAUUGAUACACAAACCAUGCAUUUAGAGUCUACCAGUCAGAGAGAACAAGACGUCCAAACGGAAGUACUUGUAGAAGAAGAUAAGCGUACUCCUGUCACAUUGAAAUCGGAUUGUACUGACUCAGCGAAUCAAACUGAAAAUGCAAGAAUAGCUGAAGCACAGAUACAAACCACGGAAAGCUUCGAGGAAAUUGUUGACCCAAUCAUUACAAACAUUGUAAAUGCGGCUAUACGCGAAGAUAUUUUAUCCAAACGACAAUUCACUCAAACAAGUCCAGUUGAAUUCGAGCAACUGGCAAUAACACAAGAAUCCAACAAUAAAGUAAUAACCCACCAUGAAGAUAUACAAACCGUUGAUCCUGAGGUUAUUGAUGCGUAUACUGAAACUGACAUCGAGGUCAAGGUUGGAACUACCUCACCUGUGCAAUAUACUGUUGUCGAAGCGGAAAUCCAAACAACCAGUAAACCGGAUGUUUCACAAAAAAUAAAUGAUGGUGAAACUGCCAUGAAAUUAACACCAGAGGUUCAAAAUGUAGUAACUCAAAUCCUGCCUACCGAGAUUAGCGAUAAUCAAUCACAAACGCAACCAGAACUGAGAAGUGAUUUUAGCGACACUGUAACCAUCGGCACUCAAGCUGAUAAUGCUGAAUACCGAAAAAAUAACGAUGUCAAAAAGAACCGAAAGAGAAAGUCGAAAAGUGAUCGACUCACGCCCAUUGAAGUUGAUAUAAAUACUCAGGUUAUUUUGCCCGAUACUUGCCUUGAAUCCAUUGAACAAUCAACUUCUAAGACUAUAAUUCAGGAAUCUAAUCUUGAUUUCAACAGUGAGAUCGAUCUGAAUAUUCAGAUAGAAAUACAAGCAUCGACCCAAGAUCCUUUCUAUUGUAACAUGAACGAGAUGAUUCCUGAAGAUAAAAUGUGGUCAAUUAGUUUGUCGGACUACUUUUCAAUAGUGAAAUCUCAGAAAAGUUGUUCUAAUUAUAAUUUAAUUCCGUGGACUGAAAUUUCAAAAAUCAUUCAGCAAAAACAUACGAUUCCGAAAAUAUGGGAACAGCAUACUAAAAUUGGUGGAGUCGUUAAUUUCGAUGCAGAUUGCGAAGAGGAUGUUUUGGAAUUUGACAACGAAUUUAGUAAUUUAAUCUCCAAUUCAAAUAACAAUGAACUUCGGCAGAAAUAUUUAUUUGAAAUUCUAGAAGUCAUUGCUACUCAAAUGGAAGAAAUAGACGAUAACAUCCGUACACAUCUUGAUAUGGGUGACUCUGACCGAAUAAAGAUGCGCAAUAUGUGCAAAACAAAACUACAUAACCUACAAAAACACACUAAACGUAUCAUUGAAUACGUUAUCGAGAAAAAAGUGGGAGAAUCUCCAGAUGCUUUGAAUUGCUUUGUUAACACAAUACAAAAUAUUGAGAGUAUGCAAAACAGAAUUUCUCAACUUGAGGAUACUGAACAGAGUAACGCAGAACAGAAAGGCGCUGCCUUUAACAUGUUGUAUUCCAUUCAAGUAGAGUUGAGUGCAGCAGAAGAAAGAUUAAAUUGUAUCACUCUAAGCGAGAAUCUAUCAAUAAUGGAAAAAAUGAUGGCCCUUGAGGAGAUUGAAAAUGAAAACAAUCUUUGCCUGACGAAAUUGAAUAAUAUUUCGGAUGAGUUAGGCAAAAGAAACUCAAUUGAUGACGCCUUACUUGUUACCCUCGAAAGUCUUGAUCAAUCAUCACACAGGUUGGAGAAUAAUAUCGUGUUAGAACGAAAUAAACUACACCAGUUCAACAGUUUGGCAGAGGAAUACGAACAGACAUUAUUGGAGUUUGAAGAAAUUUCUGUAGCAGCAGAGGAGUUUAUAGACAAUGAAAUAGCAACCAGUAGUCUAGAGGAUCUUCAAGAAGAAAUGCAGCGAUAUCGAAAAUUUUUCGUUAAUCUGAACCAUUGCAAAAUGGUUUUAGAAUCGUUGGAAUCAAAUUUGGAUCCUAUAACUCGUUCAAAACACGCAUAUCUGCAUUCUACGCUAUAUCAUAAAACUAGCUCAAUUAUAGAGCGAGCAGUAGACAGAGCUGCUAAAUUGGCACAAGCUGCAUCAAAAUGGACUAUAUAUGAAAAAGAUAUGCGCGAAGAAAUCCAAUGGCUACAAGUUGCACAGCAACGUGUUCCAGAUUUACAAAACGUAUCGUCGAAUGAUUUCGAACAGUAUAUUGCACUGUAUGAAUCACUAAGCCAUGACAUUCUUCAUCAUCAUAACAAAAUGAAGAAACAUUGCGAAAUCGCAAGCAAAAUACAGGAACUGGUUACUGCACCAAUUUUGGUAAAUGAUAGUAACGAUGCGCUCAUGAUCAUGGUGCGGUUAAGAGAGGAAGUAUCACUGUAUCUUAAUAUGUUGAUAAAGUUUAAAUCCCACUGGAGUCAGUACAACUUAUGUGCAAACAAACUUGCAGAUUGGAUUCGACUGUGUCAGAGGACAUUGAAAGAUAUAAUAAUUCCUUCGAAUCUUAUGGAUACCCCAGUAGAAGAUAUGCGAAAAUUCUGGGAGAUUAAGGGUCAAUAUGAAGUGUUAAACAAUAAAAUCUACGGCAGUACUUGUGAUUCGUUUGAUCAUGCCCUUUCCACCAUUGCUAUAGGUGACGAACAAUUGCAGCGUCAACUUCAUAGUCAAUUGCUGGAAAAUUGGAUGAAUGUAUCACACGAUUUAUCCAACAAACAGCAACAAAUCUUUGAAUCAAUGAAGACUGAUGCAACACCACAAAAAGGUAAAAUUGCAUUCAUAGAGCAAGAACUUCAGGAUAUCGCCGGUGUUUUCAACAACACAAAAGGUGUGCUCAAAUGUCAGGAAGACCUAUAUUUGUAUAUUGAAAAAUUGCAAAUGUUACGCACGCGUGUUCAUUUAAUCGAUUCGGAACUAGGUCAGAUCGCAUUGACACUCGAAUGUAGUGUUGAUACGAUAAGUGAGCUUUUUGAAAUGUCUAGAAAUCUUGCAUUACAAAUCAAUGAAGAACACGAAGCCGCGGAAAUAUUCUACAAACAUCUAGAAGACAUCGAAAUCGGUAUGAAAGAGCAAGAAAAACGUCUGCUUCAAAUGUCGAAAACAUUGGAUGAGAGUUCCGCACAUAUCAAUGAAAACCGGCCGGACGUUGAAAAAUCACUCGAGCAAUGCAAAUUGUGUCUAUCAAAUUUGAGUUAUUCUUGGAAUGAAAUAAUGAAACUCAGGCAAAUGUUGCAUACAUUGCCUAUGAAUUUGAAAAUUUCAGUAUCACCCUUGCAAACUGAACGUGAUUUAUCUGUACUCCAGAAUAUUCAUGACGAUCUUGAACAAAAAUGCCAAAACUACAUAGCUCAGUUACGCAACAGAUUGGCGUUGUGGAACAAGUUCUAUCGUCAAAUUGAAAUGAUUCAGGAACAUGUACAAGAAACGGAGUUUAUGAUGGAGUUGCUAAAAGUACAGGAAAGUGCUGAUUAUAACCGAUUACUGAAAGCUACCGAAAGACUAGAUGCACUUUUGAGUGAUAUUGAGAGUAAGAAAAACGCUAUUGAUGACUUACAAUCAAUUGCAAAACCAUUGAUCGAGACUUCUCAAGCAAAUGUAUCAUUAGAAAUUCAAGAAACUGUUCAAAAGAUUACAGUAGUUUGGGAAAGUACACGGGAGAGCUUGAGAGACUUAUGCCAAAGAUACGAGAAUGCAGUAAAACUGUGGCAACAAUAUCACGACGUUACUGAAACUGUUAGAAGUUGGGUUAGCGACAAAUUCACAGAUUUUGAUUCACUGAAACACAUUCAAGACCUGCCUCAACUGGAGAUAUAUGAGACUUCGAUUAUCGACAAGAAACAUGAUUUAGAAAAAUUGAAACAUUUAAUAAACAAUAUCAACGUGCAUGUGGGAUUCAACAUAGGGAAUUCGUUAUUAGCUGAAAUCGAUGAGUUUCAUAAAAAGUUGGAGCACAUAGCUGAACAUUUAAUUUCUCAAAAGAAUAUUGUCGAUAAGAAACAUUCGCGAAUGGAAGAAAAUCGUCUACUGCUCAGUGAUACAAAUAAACUAGUUGAACAUCUACAACAGGACAUACAGAAACCCAAAAUUUACUCUAACUUGAAGGAACAAAUCAUUUGUCUUAGAACAUAUAUGAUAAAUUUGAGUUCUACGGAAUCGCGUUUGAAGGAAAUUGCAAAUAACAAGCAUGAAAAACAGAAUGAUUUCCAAAAUUUACACACGUUGUCACAAACACUUCUACAAGACACAUUCCAGCAAUACCAAGACAUGUUACAACAACUCAUAGUCCAGGGCAACGACGAGAUCAUUCUGCAGUUCUGGCAAGAUUAUCUAAGUUACGUUCAGACAUUCCUUGAACAAGACAUUCCAAGUCUUAGAUUGAAGCUACAACAAUUCCGUGAUCAAUGUUCUUUAGUCGGAUAUUUAUUGCGACAUUUACGUACAACCUUCAUGAGUAAAUUGCAGAUAAACAUUCGAUUUACUGAUGCUUUAAAUGAUUUAAGUAAGCGACACAUUCAUUGCAUUGACAGUUGUGAUGAAAAGCUGAUGGAAGUAAAUAAUAGACUAAUGCACUGGACAAACUUUAAAACACUGAAAUCAACACUCAAGGAAACGAUCAAUGAAGUAGAAAGAGAAAAAUACACACUGCAACUUGAGUACAUUAACAUAAAGGAGUUACCACAAUUAAUAGUGAGAGUUGGCAAACUUUUAAAUCGAUUCCCCCAACUAGAAUCUCUGUUAAUGAAUUUACACCAAGAAAUGGGAGUGGUGAUGCUAUUCACUAAAGACGAAUAUUCAGUCAUACAUUUGAAAAAUGAUCAUGGGGAAAGUGCAGAGCAGGUAAUGAAACUUAAGGAGAAUGUAGAUACGUGGUACAAAUUUCUCACUAGCGUCGACGAAUUAUACAGCCGCUUUGACUCACAGUGCAACCAGAUCCAACACAGCUUAGAUGAGUUUAGUGAAUGUUUAGAUUCCUUCGGAAUGAAACGUGGAACAAUUUCACAGCAUCACUUAAAUACGCUGAAAAAUGAACAGCUACGUUUGGCAAGUAUUAAAACUUUACUAGUUGAUCUGAAUGUAGUGAAAAAUGAAUUGAAAUCCUGUAUCAGCAUAUUCGAUGCUAAACUUGUUCACAAGCGCGUUUGGGGUCUAUGGCAGCAUUACGAAAAAGUAAACCAUUCAAUAUCGAUGUCGUUGAAACAGGUACAAGAGAGGCUACAAAAUCAAAAAAUAUUCGCCAAUCAGUAUAGUGCUACAAUCGAAUGGAUGACUGAGUUUGGAAGGCGAAUAAAUGACACUAACAAGUAUGAAGUUUGUGAAGGUGAUGCUGCUUUCAUCAAAUCAGUAGAGGAAAUGCUACUACAAGAGCUUGCUUUGAAGGAAUGUGAGGUGGAUUGGUUGAACGUUAUUGGAAAAGAUUUGACCAACAAUGCACGCGAAGACCAUGAACUGUCUGAAAUUUUGUCUCAACUGGAUCAUUUAAACAAUGUUUGGCAAAAUUUAGUAAGACGUUGUCAAAAUCGCACACAAAAAAUAAUCGAGGUAAACUCGACAACUACAUCAUUACAGCAAAGAAUAGAUGAAAUAAAACUAUGGAUGACAUCAGUUGAGCAGGAGCUCAAAAAACCAUUUUUCUUUGAAGGAACCGAUAAAUCCCAUUUGGAUACAUUAUUAGAUGGUUACGACAGUUUGCAACGUUCGAUUGAAAGCAAUAGUGGACAUGUGGGAGAAGUACUUAAUCUGUGUGAAAUGUUAUUCGCAGACGUUGAAUCUUGGAAUGUCCAUAUUGAUCGAAGACAUAUACAUCACGACAUAAACAACUUGGAACUAAGAUGGAAAAAUAUCUGCCUGGUGUCCAGUAAAAGAAAACAGGACAUGUUGUCAAUUUGGAAUAUGUUACUUGAAAUACAAAAAAUAACCAAUUCUCACCAGAAGUGGACCGAGAGCAAUAAUGAAUUUUUAAAUUCACUGGAAGUUCAAAUGAAAAAUAAUAAGGGCUCGAGUUUUUAUGAAUCGCAUGAAAAACUAACUGCAACCAUAACAGAUAUAAAGACACAAGAACCAAUCCUGCAGAUUUUGAAAAGAUUGCUCAUAGCGCUGAACAAACAUGAAUGUUCAGAACGGGUUAACAUGAGAAACAUCACUAGUGAAGCUAGACAAAUGCUGGCCGUUUGGGAAUCACUUCUUUGGAGAUCAAAAAAACUAUUGAACCAACUAGACGAUACAUAUAGUAAAAUCUCAUUGUUCAACAGUGAAUAUGAGAAUAUAAUAAUGGCACUAACAAAAAUUGAUGCUCAUUUGACAAAUCUGAAACAUCUACCAGAACUUACAACGGAUACACCAGAAUCAAAAUUAAAACAACUUCGUGAUUCACAUAAUGAAUUACGGUUUAUUAUCAAUUUAUUUGAUAAACAAGAUGAAUUGGGGAAUUUUCUGUUAGAGCAUCUUCCUGCUACUGAUGAACUAUCAACUGAAGUGCAACGAAAAAUGCAGGAAUACCAUCAAUUGGCUAAUAAUAUUAAACAAAUCCUAGACACAAUAUUGGAAAGCACCAUCGAAAUAUCUGAUGAACAGAAAUGUGAACAAAUUCAAAAACAAUAUGUUGAUCCACAGGAAAAGGAUUGUUCAGUACAGGUGAACACACUUCCAACGUUAUCAAUUCAAUGUCGUACUAUUACUGCCAAAGAAGCCUAUCAGUAUCAACUGGAAACUGCUUUGAAUGAGGCAAGGAUGAAUCUUGAUUGUUUGAAGCUAGCGAUAACUGAUGUGCAGGAAAAUAAUUUCAUAGCAUCAACUCAAAAAGUUUCUAAAGCAUCUGCAGCGUGUGAAUCAUCUAUAGAAUUAAUAAAACAUCUCAAUUUCAUGUUGAUCUCUGAGUCUCAAGGCAAGGAUCACAAAGUAACAAGUCAACUUGUACAAAACGAGUGUGAUAGAUAUGCGCAAUAUCAGUCGGAGUGGAAAGAAAAGCAAGAAGAAAUGGAAAAAUUAAGGUCUUUUCCAAUUGCUUACCAUUUCAUAUGUGUACAUAACGAUGACUAUCUUACCUGUCCCUUGUGUACCAACCGGAACUGGCAGCAAAUCGAUAAUGACUUAUGGCGCUUAGAACAAUGGUUAUUAAUGGCAGAAGCGACUCAGAAAAAUCAACAUACAAACCCGCCAGCAGACAUAGAUACACUCGAAGACGCGAUUCAGGAUCAUCGGGAACUUCUGUUGGAUCUAGACAGCCACAAGAGUAUAAUAAAAUCGCUCAACAUCGUAGGAGAACACUUAGCCACCCACACGUUGGAUACGGAAAAGGCACUAAAGUUGAGAGAAAGGCUUCAAAAGGAUAACCAACGAUGGGAAACGGUAUGCAGUUAUGCAUCUCAUUGGCAGUCUCAGCUUCACCAUUCACUUAUGGAAAAUCGAGAGUUUCAUCGAACAAUCACGGAACUUUGCAAUUGGUUGGAGCAAACUGAAAAUAGAAUCAAAAAUUCUGAGCCAAUAGAUCUAACAUCGGAUACUAAACUUAUUGAAAGAAAAUACAAAAUGUUCCGGGAGCUAAGAAGUGAUUUGAUACGCUGUGAGCCCCGAGUAGUAAGCUUGCAAGAAACAACUUCACAGUUGUCUAAAUACUUAGAAGUGAGCAAAUCACAAAAAUUCGAAGAAAUUUAUGCAAAAUUGACUGAUUUGAGGUUAAGGUUUCAUUCAAUCCGAAGAUUAGUUGAAAUAUAUACGAUUAAAAUAGGAGCAGCUCUGGGAUACGAUCCGAACACAGAUUCACACAGCGUAGUAACCACAGACAGCCAUCAAGAGAUACAAGGCCAUAGCGGAUCGCUCACAAACUUAGCAGCACACGAGUCGAAUGCAAACACUCAGGACGAGGAAGACGAGGGUCACAUCAAUACAACAGUACUAACAAAAAGUUACCGGUUUUUGGGCCGUGUUCUACGUGCAUCAUUACCAAUUCAGGCCAUGCUGUUGCUGGUGUUGGGCGUAGUCACGCUCAUGCCCCACGGUGAGGAUUAUUCAUGUUCUUUGACGAAUAAUUUUGCAAGAAGCCUUGAACCAAUGCUCCGAUAUCCCAAUGGUCCUCCGCCUAUUUGAGGAGCAUAAGUCAACAUAGCUAGUCUUAAAAGUUCUUUCUGAAAAAUAGAAGUGCAAUAAAAAUAACCAACCGCGAUAUUUAUACUUCA